AUGGAUUUGUGCAGCCGAGGCAUGGUCAGAGGAGAGAGCAUACGAGAAUGCUGGGAGGUUGUCGAGGCUGGUACAUUGUUACCGAUUGCGGAAAUGGCUGCCUUGGCUUUGAACUCAGGUGUGGAUCUAAAUUGUGGGGACUUCCAUGGCCUGGUGAAUGAGACGGUGAUCAAUGGGGCUGUGUGGAACAAUUUUGCAACCAUGAUGAGAUUGGGCUUCUUUGAUGGUGACCCAACCAAGCAGGCCUACAGGCAGCUAGGCCCAAAAGACGUGUGCACUGCCGCCAACCAAGAGCUAGCCCGUGAGGUUGCCCGCCAAGAGAUUGUCGGCAAGGGCUCGUUGCCCCUGUCUGCAGCUACCCAUCAAGUCCUUGGCCGUGAUCAGACCAAAUGCCAAUGUGACCCACACAAUGCUCGGUAA